AUGAACAACCGGUCAGAAGAAAUCGAGAAAAGGCCGCAUAUUCCCGCUAGGCAACAGAAACUCCCCUAUAAAGGAACUCCGUCUGGACCGGUUCAGAAAAGUAACCUGAAGAAGUCGGUGGUGGAUGUGAAGACACCGAGGCGUGACGCCAAUAAAACAACCUAUCCGGAUAAACGGCUCCAGCGAAAGACUGCGAGAAGGCGGGGGAAUGUCUGCACUCGUCAUCUGAAGGAAAACCCUCAGGAACCGGCAGGAGACAUCGUGAAGAAUGCAGAACUACCCGGUGAGUGCAAAGCCUUCCAGGGUGUGAGUACUCCCAGCGAGAACAAAGAUGGUAAAGAACCACCUAUUAAUACUACGCCUUCCGGUUCUUCUCAGUCCAAAGAAAGGACGCAGAAAAUUGCAGGAGACCUGGAAAAGAAUUCAGAAGAACAAAAUAAGGGCAAACAGCCCCAGGAAAUUAGUUCCCUCAACCAGAGCCUAGAAGGGAAAGAACCAUCUGUUCAAAAUAGGCGCUCAAAUAUUCGCCAGUCCAUAGGAAAGAAAAAGAAAACUGCAGGAAAACUGGAGAAGAACUCAGACCAGCAUUGUAAAGGCAAGCAGCUCCAGGAAGUGGCUCCCCUCGACCAGAGCAAAGAUGGCAAAGAAUUGCCCGUUGAAACUGUGGGCUUCACGCCUGAUCAGUUGAAAGAAAACGCUCAGAAAUUGGCAGAAGACCUGGAGAAGGAUCCAGAACAGCAUGGUAAAGGCAAGCAGAUGCAGGAUGUGACUCCCCUCGACCAAAGAAAUGAUAGCAAACAAUCUCCCCUUGAAACUAUGUGCUUCACUCCUGAUCAGUUGAAAGAAAAUGCUCAGGAAUCGGCAGGAGACCUGGCUAAGAACCCAAAACAAGCUGCUGCGGGCAAAGCCCUCCAGGAUGUGAAUGUCUCCAGACGUAGCAAAGAUUAUAACAGACCGUCUUGUAAUCUGAUGAUAGAAACCGGACCCGAGACUGAGAAUGUCAACACGACUGGAGUUCGCAAUCAAGAGCACCUCCCAGACCAAAGCGACAGUCAGCCGGAGGUCCAGACUGAUGCUCCUAGCGCAGCCAGCGCCGCUGCCGCCUCCGGCGCCGCCGCUGCUGGUACUAUCAGCCAAACCAUCCCCAUAACUGUAAUGUUACCGAACAAUGAGCCCCUUACCAUCAGUUUCGCCCCUGAUAGGACUGUGCGCGAACUUGAAGAGAGGAUCAAGAGCUUCGACAAAAUGCCCAAUGGAACUUGCAUUUUCAUUCACUCUGGACGUACAUUGGAUCCAUCUAAAACGCUUGAGGACUACAAGGUGCAGAAGAGCGAUACCAUCUACCUACACGAACGCCCAGAGACAUUGCCAGCACCCUCAGCAGACGCCAAGGAAGCAGGAUCUGGGGUCUUAACUGCCGGUCUUCAAACCGUUAGUGUGGUGCUGCCAGACAGGAGCAGGGUCGUUGUGAAUGUGGAGCCCGGUAUGACAGUUGGAGACUUGAACAGGAAGUUAGCACAGCAGCAGGGUGUACCACCAAGCUCACAGUGUCUAAUUUACUCGGGGCGGCAAAUGGAGGAUCAUCGUCUCCUCAAGGAAUACCAAAUCCCAGCGGAUUCCGUAGUUUUCGUUCAUCGACCGCAAUCCUCCAGCGUCAUUCAGAGUAAAGGAGACGCAACAAGCAUGUUGCCAGUGGAGGCGGUAAACAACAAGAACAGUAAUGGACUAUGCCUUCCCAUAAAUCCCCGCAGCACUAAGUCCAUGCAGAGUGUGACUGCCCCUUGCCAGAGUAAAGAUAGCAAAGAACUACCCCUUGAAACUGUGUGCCUCACUACUGAUCAGUUGAAAGAACACGAUCAGAAACAUGUAAAGACAUCGAGAACAGCGUCAUUAGACGUCAAGGAAGCAGGACCUGAGAUCCUCAAUGCCCGUUUUAAAACCGUUAGUGUGGUGCUGCCAGACAGGAGCAGGGUCGUUGUGAAUGUGGAGCCAGGUAUGACAGUUGGAGACUUGAACAGGAAGUUAGCACAGCAGCAGGGUGUACCACCAAGCUCACAGUGUCUGAUUCAUUCGGGGCGGCAAAUGGAGGAUCAUCGUCUCCUCAAGGAAUACCAAAUCCCAGCGGAUUCCGUAGUUUUCGUUCAUCGACCGCAAUCCUCCAGCGUCGUUCAGAAUGAAGAAGGUGCAACUAACAUGUUGCCGGUGGAGGUGGUAAUCAACGAGACCGGUAAUAGAUUGCGGCUCCCCAUAAAUCCACGCAGUCCCAACUCCAUGCAGGAGCUGUCUAAACAAAUAGAGGUGGCGACGCGGAUACAUGCCAAGGAACAGGAUCUCAUAUAUAAAGGAAAGGUGCUUGGCGAAGGCGAGAACCUUCUUCUGAAGAAGGAGUUCUUGCAGGAGCCAGUUGUGACGGUACGGAGACGGGUGCUUGACGAAAUCCAGAUCCUCCUCCGGAAUAUCCAGGGUCAGACAAAGGUUGUAAGAUCGAGCAGCAAUUCUACUGUUCUACAGUUAAAAGAAAAGGUCCAUGAACUUGAGGGUGUCGCGGUGAGGGACCAGGUGCUUACUUGUGAGGGCAGAACCCUCCAGGAUGGGUCUACCCUCAGACAGAGCAAAGUUGUUAACAAUUCUAGCGUCCAGCUGGCGAUGAUACUGGACGGUGGUUCGGCAAUCUGGAUCAAUGAGUAA